GUAUCCGUUUAGAGGGUAUCCAUGGCCGACAACGGCCGUUAUCUUUUCUGCAACAUGGAUAAGGAAAUAUGUGCUUAAGAAAAGGAAAAAACGGCGGGGUUGAAGAGACAUUUCUGACAAACGCCAAACAAGGAGCAUUAUUUUGAUUCUUUGAAAAAACCCGGUUUUUCUAUAUUUGGAAAGCAAUGUUCUUGAUUGGCUGUGAUAAUUUUGGCAUCAAAUUAAAAGGGAAAGCCAGAGAGAGAAAAAGAACUAGAAUCGCAGUAUAAUGACCCUGGCUGUUCCAAAUAUAUAUGAAGAGUAACAAGAAGAAGAAGACCAAGAGUUGGAAACAGAUUGCCUUCUGAGAGAGAGGAAGGACAGAUAGAGCCAAACAUGGUAUAUGAUGACAGAAAUAAGGUCGAGAAGGGUGAUAAGUUACCUGUUGUGGUCCCUGAAACUGCCCAUCAAGUCAGCACUGAUUCAUGGUUCCAAGUAGGUUUUGUCCUGACCACUGGUAUUAACAGUGUAUUUGUCUUGGGAUAUUCCGGCACCAUCAUGGUCCCUCUUGGCUGGAUAGGAGGUGUAGUCGGUUUACUUUUAGCCACGGCGAUAUCAUUAUAUGCAAAUAUGCUUGUUGCCAAGCUUCAUGAAUUUGGGGGAAGAAGGCAUAUCAGAUACAGAGAUCUUGCAGCCCAAAUAUACGGUAGGAAAGCUUAUUAUAUGACAUGGGCAUUGCAAUAUGUCAAUCUGUUCAUGAUUAACAUUGGAUAUCUCAUUUUGGGUGGUUCUGCUUUGAAGGCUUGUUAUAUUCUUUUUAGGGAUGACAAUACCAUGAAGCUUCCAUACUUUAUUGCCAUAGCUGGAUUUGUGUGUGCUUUGUUUGCCAUAGCAACACCCCAUCUAUCAUCUCUAAGAGUAUGGUUAGGAUGUUCAACACUUCUCAGCCUGAUGUAUAUCAUUGUGGCAUGCGUGCUGGCAGCUAAAGAUGGAAUCAAUGCACCAUCCAGAGACUAUAGCAUAACAGGGAAAUCAACCGGCAGAAUUUUUACAACCAUAGGGGCAUCUGCAAAUCUUGUGUUUGCAUUCAAUACUGGAAUGCUUCCAGAAAUACAGGCAACAGUGAGGGAGCCUGCUGUGAAGAACAUGCUGAGAGCUCUGUACUUUCAGUUCACCGUAGGAGUUUUACCGAUGUAUGCUGUUACAUUCAUCGGCUACUGGGCAUAUGGAUCUUCAACAUCAACAUAUUUGCUUAACAGUGUAAGCGGCCCAGUUUGGGUGAAGGCAGCUGCUAACAUUUCUGCCUUCCUGCAAUCCGUCAUUGCUUUGCAUAUAUUUGCGAGUCCAACUUACGAGUAUUUAGACACGAAGUUUGGAAUUAGAGGAAAUGCAUUGAAAUUUACCAACUUAUCCUUCAGAUUUGUAGCAAGAGGUGGCUACCUUGCUAUCAGUACACUGGUGUCUGCUCUUCUCCCAUUCCUUGGAGAUUUUGAGAGCCUUACAGGGGCAUUGAGCACAUUCCCUCUAACAUUUAUCCUCGCAAACCACAUGUACCUUGUGGCAAAGAAGCACAAGUUGAGUUCCUUACAACAGUACUGGCAUUGGCUCAAUGUUGCUUUCUUUGGUCUCAUGUCUAUUGCUGCAACAGUUGCAUCUUUGAGGCUCAUAGCUGUGGAUUCCAAAGAAUAUCAUGUAUUUGCUGAUCUUUGAUAUCUACAAAUUCGAAACCUAUUUACAGGGAAUAAGAUCUCUAUUACAGAU